UAAUUUGUUACUAUUCGAUAGCCAAACAAGACCUAUUCCUCUCUCAUAGUCUCUUCUGUUCCAUAGCACCAACACUCAGAAAUUGGGUGUCACGUGAUAACUGCCAUUUUCAAGGACUAUCUCGUGGUUUCUGGUAUUCCGACAGGCGAAUUAGCCGUUUUCCGGCGAAACCCCAUAAUGGAGAAAGAGCCUCUUCUCCCUUAUGUCAGCACCAGAACACCACCCCACCCACCCUCAUACCCAGCCCCUAUUUCCCUUUGCCCUUUACCUGAAGACAAUGAAAUCUCAAUCCCUCCCCCUCUUACCCCUUCUGAACUCAAAGAACGCCUUAUCUUUGGUACCUCUGAAGCUUCUGCCACUGCUCUUGACGCUUUCACCUUUAACAAUUUCACCUCUCCUGAGCUCUCUGCUUCUUCUUCUUCUUCUGCCCAAAAAUCCAAUCUUGAAAACACUGAUAUUCACAAUUCUUGGUUGCUUGACCCAAAUUAUCCUUCUUGGACCAAGAGUAAUCUUCAUAGGUCCAAAACUGCUCCAGCUAUGGCUACUAUUAAUGAUAUUGACCAUUCACCAGAUCCUAAGCCACCCCAGUUUGGUAAAAACACAAUUGUAGGACAAGGUGUUGUGCUUUUGAUUCUUUACUUGACUCUUGGUGUGGGUAUUUAUUCUUUAUUUAGGGAUCAUUUUAAGGCUACUGAGACUCACCCUGUUGUUGAUGCUUUGUAUUUUUGCAUUGUUACUAUGUGUACUAUUGGUUAUGGUGAUAUAACUCCUGAUAGUACACCUACCAAGUUGUUUUCCAUCUUGUUUGUGCUUGUGGGGUUCGGGUUUAUCGAUAUUUUGCUUACUGGGAUGGUUAGUUAUGUGCUUGAUUUGCAAGAGAACUAUCUGUUGAGGAGUAUUAAAAGUGGGAGCGUACAUGAUGCUAGGUCUUAUAUUAUUGAUGUGAAGAAGGGGAGAAUGAGGAUAAGAAUGAAAGUGGCUCUGGCAUUGGGUGUUGUGGUCCUGUGUAUUGGAAUUGGGGUUGCGGUUAUGCAUUUUGUUGAGAAGCUUGGGUGGUUGGAUGCAUUUUAUUUGUCAGUUAUGUCGGUUACCACUGUGGGGUAUGGCGAUAGAGCGUUCAAUUCAAUGGCCGGUCGUAUCUUUGCAUCCAUUUGGUUGCUUGUGUCUACACUUGCAGUUGCUCGAGCCUUUCUUUAUUUGGCUGAGGCCAGAGUAGAUAAACGUCAUAGGAAAAUGGCAAAAUGGGUGCUCGAUCAGGAUUUGACUGUUUCACAAUUUCUUGCUGCGGACAUUGAUAAUAAUGGAUUCGUGAGUAAAGCAGAAUAUGUGAUAUACAAACUGAAGGAGAUGGGGAAGAUCUCAGACAAGGAUGUAAUGCUGAUUUGCAAACAGUUUGAACGGCUGGACGCUGGCAACUGUGGAAGGAUUACUCUUGCUGAUCUAAUGGAAAGCCACCACCAUUGAACGUUUAAUUGGCGGUUUUUUAUUGGAUUGUAGGGAGAGGAAAAAACAUGAGUUGCAGCAUUUAGGAUUGGCAACUGGACAGGGCAGAGAAAAAUUUCUUAGUAAAUAUGGCCUGGUGGAGAAAUUGGGAAACCUGAGUUCCCUAGUUUUAUGGGAAGGGUGCUCCAUUCUUGCUGAUGAGAUGUCUUGUUCUAAAGUGCAGAGUUUCUGAUGAAGUAAGAAUGAAAAAUUUUGUAAGUGUCUUGGAAAUGCAACAUUGAAAAUCUUGCAAAGUUCUGAAGCCAGAAAAAUUUAUUUGUAUAUAACUAUAUGAUAAAAGUAAUCUUAGAGAGGGAAAAAAAAAUGAUAUUCUCAGUAUGAUACAUAAUUAAGUAUUUUGGGGAACUAUACUUUUGAAAA